CCGCGACCGGAAGUGGUCUUCGACGUUGUCGCUAACCGUUAUGCUAGUAGCCGAGAGCUAAGCUAGCCUUCUAGCUGCAGCUAACGGUCAACGUUUCCGCGUUUAAAGUAAAUAAAGUGUAUAAAGGGCGGACUGUUAGAGGAGUUUGACCCGCCAGCCGACUCUGUUAGCUUACACUCAUACACGCUGAGCUGAACAGGCAGGCAGACAGGUAGCUAACUAGCGUUAGCUCGCCCCGGCAGCUAGGUUAGUUAGCUAGGUGGCUAGCACCGGAGCUAACCGAGCGGAAUGGAUCUUUUCGGCGACCUGCCGGAACCCACGCAGACCUCCGGUCCGGUUUCAGCAGCUCGACCGCGGUCCACCAAAGAAGAAGAAGAAGAGGAGGAGGAGGAGGAGGAGGAGAGAUUAAAACGUAAACGAGAAGAUGCCGAGGGUCACGCUGAUAAAAAAGAGGAGGAGGAGGAGGAGGAGGAGCGGGGGAAGAUCAAGAAAGUUUGUAAAGAAGGCCUCCCGGUGCUGAGAGGCUACGUGGCGGCGAGGCGCGGCGAGCGGGAGGAGAUGCAGGACGCUCACGUGCUGCUGCCGGACAUGAGCGUCUGUCUGUCCGCUCUGCCAGGACAAGUGUCUCGUGUUUCGUACUUCGCGGUGUUUGACGGUCACGGAGGAGCUCGAGCCUCUCGAUUCGCCGCGGAGCACCUUCACCAAAUUCUGGCCAAGAAGUUCCCCAGCGGAGAAACGGGGAAUGUGGACAAGCUGAUCAAGAAAUGUCUCCUGGACACUUUCCGUCAGACAGAUGAAGACUUUCUGAAGACAGCGUCCAGCCAGAAACCAGCGUGGAAGGACGGCACCACGGCCACCUGUGUGCUGGUGGUGGACGACACGGUGUACGUGGCCAACCUGGGAGACAGCAGGGCGGUGCUGUGUCGGACGGAGGCGACAGGAGGAGCGGACGGACGGAGGAGGUCGGUGACUCUGGCUCUCAGUAAAGAACACAACCCGACCAUCUACGAGGAGAGGAUGAGGAUCCAGAGAGCAGGAGGCUCCGUCAGGGACGGCAGGGUGCUGGGUGUCCUCGAGGUGUCUCGCUCUAUCGGAGACGGUCAGUACAAACGCUGCGGAGUCAUUUCGUCCCCCGACCUGAGGAGGUGUCAGCUCACAGCCAAUGACAGGUUUAUCAUCCUGGCCUGUGACGGUUUGUUCAAAGUGUUUUCUGCUGAUGAAGCUGUGAAGUUCGUCCUCAGCGUCCUGCAGGAGGGGAGCGUGGAGCAGAGGCCGGGGCUGACGGAGGAGGAGCUGAGGUUUGAAGCUGCUUGCCAGCAGUUGGCCAGCGAGGCGGUGAGGCGGGGCUGUGCCGACAACGUCACUGUGAUCCUGCUUUCUAUUGGCUUCUGAACACACACACACACACACACACACACACACACACACACACACACACACUGGCUGAUCUGUCUCGUCUGUUUUCCAAUAAAACCCCUUUUUCUUUA